UGGCAAAGGGAUGAGUUGGAUUAGAGAUCCAGCUGCCGAAAUGCGCCUUUUUCGAGAACAACUUCUCGGCUCGGGAAAUUGUCAGCAGAGGGGGUGUUGAUGAAAAAAGUGUCCCGCAGCCCAAUUCUCCCGGCUCAAGGGAGCGGGCAAUGGAUGCACACCCUAUGCCUGUGCUCCGUGGCCACUGGCAUUGCGCACUCAUGCUACGGAAGGAGCCAGUCGCGUGCGGCCCGUUCGCUUUCUAGCGCGGAAGCAACCGGGUGAGCACUGCAUGUCGUCGAGCUAUAGUCGUGUGUGUACCAACUAGAUUGCAGCAAAUAAUAACCUGCACAAUAAUCACGGCAGCCUAUGGGGGUGGAAAAAAUCUAAAUCAAGCAAGUACGCUCUGGGACAAUACGGGCUGCGAAACAUCAAAGUUGGGGUGCCGACUUUUUUUGCAUCCGAUUCCGUCCAGCCUUUUAUAUACUUUGGAUUUCCUUUGUCAAAAGUUCAAUACUCCAGUCUUUUAAUUCAAUGGGUUCCAUGAGUCAUGUCGAAUCAAAGUAUGUUGUCGUUCCUCUAUCCAGCUAACAUUCCAGCACUGAGUGAUACAAGUAUCAGCACACCUCUGACCAACACGAGUACUAGUCAGGGCGCCUCCCCAGACCCGCUUUCACAAACGCCGAUCAAGAUCAAGACUUCCCGAAAAUGGGUUUUGCCUCCUCGGCCAAAGCCCGGUCGAAAACCUUCCCAGGCCGUAAACUCUAACGUACACUCUAGUAAAGAGCCCAAGGAGGCUAAAAAGUCUAAGCAGACUCCGCACGCGCAGCACGACCUGGAGGCCAGCAUCAUGAACAACCCUCUCAAACAACAAAUUCUCAAAAUCAACGAAGAAAAUUACUAUCUCAAGCUGGAGGUCAUCAAGCUUGUGUCCGACCUGAAAAAUUUGAAAAAUGAAAUUCGAGACAGGUCGAAGAAAAACGCGACCCUACCUGCCCCAUCGCCAUCAUUCCCCCGUAAACGAAGCCACGACGACGACAUCAACGACCUCAUCGUGUCUCUCAUCGACCUGAACCACUCGCAACAGGUCCAGCAGCCGGCUGCUCCGAAAACAGAGGAAAUGGACAAAUUCAUCAAGUUCGACGACCGGGAUAUGGACUUUUCGUCGCCAGCGCUGUCCGAGGACGACCAUCUCGAUCUUCUAGACCACCACCCGGAGCACGAGGCCGACCUGACGCCUACUCCUUCCAUCUCGCUUACGAAAACAAACGAAACCAUGGACAGUCUCUCGGGCUCCACAUUGGUUUCGCUGUCGCCAAAGGGCUUCAAAUUGGCCGAGCUGCCCUCGUCGCCCGGCAAGGAUUCUGUCUUCUCUAUCUUCAAGUCGAACACGGCCGACUCCAUGCUGUCUCCGCCAACCACAGACCUUGCACUGGGUCUGGAACCGAAGAAUGACCUCCAUUUCCACGACUACUAUGAGUUCGACAGCUUGCACGACGUUGAGCUCGAGUUCGAAAACUUUAUCAAUGGAGAACUGUCAUGAACAACAUAUUCUUAUUAUUAGCGCUCGCGACGAGCCACUCCUGCAUUUACGAUUUAUUGACUGCCCUACAUGUCGUCCGGACUCUUAAAAUUAUGUUAUAUAACGUACGCUACGCAUACGAUAAUAGAUAAUGAGACAAACG